UCUUCACUAGAAACACAGUGAAAGCUAUCAUCCAGUCUGCGAUUUUCUCUUUGAUCGUUGUUCUUUCAUUCUCUACGUAAUCUGUGUUCGGAAUUUGAUUUGACUAUGGCUGGCAAAGGAGAAGGUCCUGCAAUUGGAAUCGAUCUUGGUACGACCUACUCAUGUGUUGGUGUCUGGCAACAUGACCGGGUGGAGAUCAUAGCCAAUGACCAAGGUAAUCGAACGACGCCAUCUUAUGUGGCCUUCACCGACACUGAGAGGCUGAUCGGAGAUGCAGCUAAGAACCAGGUCGCCAUGAACCCCAUCAACACUGUUUUCGAUGCCAAGCGUUUGAUUGGUAGAAGAUUCAGUGAUGCCUCUGUUCAAGCCGACAUGAAAUUGUGGCCUUUCAAGGUCAUCCCUGGGCCCGGUGAUAAGCCAAUGAUUGUGGUUAAUUACAAGGGGGAAGAGAAGCAAUUUUCUGCUGAGGAAAUCUCGUCGAUGGUUCUUGUAAAGAUGAAGGAGAUUGCUGAAGCUUACCUUGGCACCACCAUCAAGAAUGCUGUUGUUACCGUACCUGCAUAUUUCAAUGACUCCCAGCGCCAAGCCACCAAGGAUGCCGGUGUCAUUUCUGGCUUAAAUGUGAUGCGUAUCAUCAAUGAACCAACUGCUGCUGCAAUUGCUUAUGGGCUUGACAAGAAAGCCAGCAGCACUGGUGAGAAGAAUGUGCUUAUCUUUGACCUGGGUGGUGGCACUUUUGAUGUUUCACUUCUUACCAUUGAAGAGGGUAUCUUCGAAGUGAAGGCUACAGCUGGUGAUACCCACUUGGGUGGUGAAGAUUUUGACAAUAGGAUGGUGAACCACUUUGUCCAGGAGUUCAAGAGAAAGAACAAGAAGGACAUUAGUGGAAAUCCAAGAGCUUUGAGGAGGUUGAGGACAGCUUGCGAGAGAGCUAAGAGGACUCUGUCGUCAACUGCUCAGACUACAAUUGAGAUUGAUUCUUUGUAUGAGGGUAUUGAUUUCUACUCAACCAUUACCCGAGCCAGAUUUGAGGAACUUAAUAUGGAUUUGUUCAGAAAGUGUAUGGAGCCUGUGGAAAAGUGUUUGAGGGAUGCAAAGAUGGACAAGAGUAGUGUUCAUGAUGUGGUUCUUGUUGGUGGGUCGACUAGGAUCCCAAAGGUUCAGCAAUUGUUGCAGGACUUCUUUAAUGGGAAGGAGCUCUGCAAAAGCAUAAACCCUGAUGAGGCUGUGGCUUAUGGUGCUGCUGUCCAGGCUGCAAUCUUGAGUGGUGAGGGUAAUGAGAAGGUGCAAGACCUCUUGUUGCUGGAUGUCACACCUCUCUCUCUUGGCCUGGAGACUGCCGGCGGAGUUAUGACUGUUUUGAUUCCGAGGAACACAACCAUUCCAACUAAGAAGGAGCAGGUGUUCUCCACCUAUUCUGAUAACCAGCCUGGUGUGUUGAUCCAAGUAUUCGAAGGGGAAAGAACCAGAACCCGUGACAAUAACUUACUUGGCAAGUUUGAACUCUCUGGAAUUCCUCCUGCUCCUAGGGGAGUCCCACAGAUUACUGUCUGCUUUGACAUUGAUGCUAAUGGCAUCUUGAAUGUUUCUGCUGAAGACAAGACCACCGGCCAGAAGAAUAAGAUUACAAUUACCAACGACAAGGGCAGGCUUUCAAAGGAAGAGAUCGAGAAGAUGGUACAGGAAGCUGAGAAGUACAAGGCUGAGGAUGAGGAACACAAGAAGAAGGUGGAGGCUAAGAAUGCAUUGGAGAACUAUGCUUACAACAUGCGGAACACAAUUAAGGAUGAGAAGAUCAACUCCAAGCUUCCUGCCGCUGAUAAGAAGAAAAUUGAAGAUGCAAUUGAUGAGGCUAUCCAAUGGCUGGAUGGAAACCAAUUGGCUGAAGCUGAUGAGUUCGAAGACAAGAUGAAGGAACUGGAAGGUAUCUGCAACCCAAUUAUUGCCAAGAUGUACCAGGGUGCUGGUGGUGAUAUGGGUGGAGCCAUGGAUGAGGAUGGACCUUCUGCUGGUGCUGGAAGCGGUGCAGGACCUAAGAUUGAGGAAGUGGAUUAAGCUUUUUGAGAGCUACUUGGGAUUUGAAGUGCUUUCUUUCUAGUUUGAAGUUUUAAUUUCCUAUUAAAAAAGCUGUUUUGUCGAGCGAUCUGGCUCUUGAACUAGUAGACUAUGUUCUGUUGUCUAAGGUUUGAUUGAAGAACAAAGUUCCUUAAUUUUCCCUGCUUUUCAAUGUUUUUUUUUGUUUUUAUUUUUGUGGAAGCAUAUAUGCAUGGAUAUGCUCAAGCUCAAGCCUUGCAGCUUCAUCCAAGGUCUAAUCAGGCGAUUCAUGACA